AUGUCAGAGCUGGGAGGGCCUUAGAAUAGGAAUGUCAGAGCUAUAAGGGGCCUUAGAACAGAGAAUCUUAGGAUUGGGAGGGGCUGUAGAACAGGGAAUGUCAGAGCUGGGAGGUACCUCGGAACCUAGAAUUUUAGUGUUUUUUCUCAGCCCCUCAAAGAAUCCUGUAUUUACUUUGUAAGUGAGAGGGCACUGUAAACAUAGGACUGGUCUGAUGCCAUCGGCAUCCAGGUUGCCCACCAGCUGCCUGGGUGACCUGGUCAGAUCAAUCUCUCAGUGCUCUAGCAAACUCUUUCCGACCUUAUACUGCAAAUGAUUUUCUGCUGUGCACCAUUGGAUAAAGUUUUCCAUACUGGGAGUUCCUCAUAUGGAUAGAAUCACAGGCCUGGAUUGAAGACGCCUGCUCUCUCUUCAUAUUGACUCCUGAGCUCCCCUCAAAUGUGAGCUCCCUGAGGACAGGGGGGUUUCCCUUUGUCAUCCCCUCAGUGCCUAGCACAGUGCUUGGCCCACAGGAGGCACGCCAGAGAAAUAUUUGAGUUGAGCUGAGUGCAAUAACGUAGAACACCAGGAGGGGCCAGGGCUGUAGAGCUUACCUAGUCCAGCCCCCUGAUUUCUGAGUGGAGGGAAGGAAGCUGCCUUCAUUCUCGGGCGGUUUUCGGUUAAGAUAUGACAGGAAGAUUCUUUGAAAAGUGUGAUGGAACUCCAUGCGCUCAAGGAUUCUCAUUCGGAGAAAGUGAAACCAAGGCCCUGUGAGUCACGGCCUCCCUCCUGGGAGGACUGAGCCAGCCUUCUCCCCGCUGUGCCCAGCUCCCCCUACGACCCCCGUUUUAAGCUUGUUAAUGAGUUAUUAAAGGGCGACUCUACAUCCUCCCAAGCACCCAUAAAGGCUACCAGGCAAGGGUUGCUAUUUUGCUUUUCAUGGAUAAAGAAGAGGCAGAAAGAAGGUAAACCACUUCCUCAAGGUCACCCAAGACCCUGGUGUCAUGACUGGAAGGUAGGCAGGGCUUCUGGCUUCUGGCUGCUGGCUUAGCGGUUUGGCUGUGAAGAUGUUCUGUCCCAAGAGGGUCUAGAGAAGGAGGUGGAUGGAAGGAAGGGACCCAAGCAGGGGGGAUAGAAAGGCAGAAGGAGGAAUAUGACCAGCGGGUACCGCUGGGGAAUGCUAAGUGCUGAGGGCCAAGACCUUAGGACCCUAGCGCCAAGUGGAGGGGACUUGUCUAGCACCUGGCUCUGUGCCCAGAAGGCUGGUGGUUUCCACAUACAGAUGUCCCAAGAGUGGUGGCGGGUUGGGAGCCAGAGUAGAGCGAUGGCUUCCUCUCCACCCCCUACCCCAACCCCCACCCCACCUCGGGGCCCCUUCCCUCUCCCCACAAACCACAACCUUGGGCCCCCCCUCCUAGGAUGUCCUGGCAAAACAGCUGAUGGUCUGGGUGACCACAGACUCCAGGGUGGGGAAGUGGGGGGCCUGACCCAGCAUCUCCCCCUUCUGGAGGGAGGGACACCCCCUCCCUGUCCCCCGUGGGUGUGGGUGCCGUGACACCCUGGGGGGAAGACGGCUUAACCUCAAAGAUGGUUGAAUUCGAAGAAUUCUAGGAGGCGCCCAGGGUCAGAGAAGCGACCGCCCAUUGACUCCGCCCGGACCCACUAGUUUUCGGGGUCGUGUUCCCAGAAGAGCUGCCCCCACCCCCAUCCUGGGAGGUGCUGGCCGGUCGGGGGAGGAUAAAGUGGCCCUCGGUCCACAAGGCCUUCAGUGUAGAGGUGGCUCUGACGAGGGAGGCCCCGCUCCAGCUGCCGGCACCCAGUAUGUGGGCACGGCUCAGACUGAGCUCUCUUUUCGGCUUGACCUGUGGUCUUUUGUGGCUGUGCCCAGCGGCCGGAAUCACUUGCCCUGCCUACGAGAUCCUCCUCUCUCAACUGAAGAACAUGGCAAAGAGAGAUUUCUUGAAUUCCUUCAUGACUGACCAAGGCCUUAACUUACCACAUCUCAAUGAUACCUGCAAAAGGAGCUCGGACUUCCUCGUGACGGAAACCCUUAAGGACUUACCUCCAGUCACCUUCCUUCAGACUGUGAGUCAGAACCUGCGCCACGUUGUACAGAUACUCAAGGAACCCGUCUUCGAGGCAAUGAACAUCUACCUUCAAGGCAUCGAUAACAACGUCUGCUGCAUGCUUCAGAAACUGCCCCCGGCUCCGACUGCCUGUCCUGCUCCUGGAAGCAAAAGGACCCUGUCCCCAACUCCAACCGUGGGAAGUUUCUCAUGGAAACUAGAGAGAUGUAAGGUCAUACAGAGCUACCAGCGCUUCAUGGAGGCUGUGGGAAAGGUGCUAGAAACGUGGGGUCCUAGCCCUGGGCAGAGAAAUAGGAAUAGACGUUCCCUUCUCAAUGUCCUGCUUGGCCAAAGGAGGAAGGUCAGGGCAGGCUGACUCAACCCCAGGGGCAUGGUACUACGUCAGCCUGCAGGAAGUGGCACCAGAGAUCUCUGCUGGGCCGCCUGAAGAAUGAGGGAGAUGGAGGCGUGGGCCCAAGGGCUCACCUGCUUAUCCGCCUUUCUGCCGGUUUCCACUCUGGGCUUAGAAAUGGUGCACUUUAACAGGAGGGGGGAUUCCUGACAUCUCCCCAAAGACUGAUUGAUAUAGUGCUAUUAUUGGGCUGAAUGCCCUCCCCCAGGCCUUCUCUACUCCUUCGGGGCUGUCCAUUCAGGUCAUGGGGCCAGCAGAGCUCAAUGCCCUGUGACUCUUCGUGAAUCAGAGGCCGACUUUCCAUUGAUUCAGGGGUCUGAUGACAAGGAUUGACUCAGGGCCCAGUGCCUGACUUGUUCCCACCCCCACCCCCUUACCCUC